AAACGAUAACCGAUUCGUUAAGAGAAAAACAAGCAGAAGUCGAAAGACUGAAUAAAUCUAUGAAAGAGUUGGAAAAGAGUUGUAAAGAGUUUGGGGAAUCGAGGACUUCAGUGAUGGACGACUGCAAUGAAUUGAGAACUACUCUAAUGGAAGUGGAAAAGUCUCGGCUCGACAUCAGACGAGAACUUAAUGACUAUAAAAUCAAUAACUCUUCACUCGAAAAUAAACUCAAAUCUAAAGACAAUGAAUUACAAGACGUGAAGAGACGAUUGGAAGUGAUUAAGAAUGAAAGGAAUUCACUAAAGGAUUCACUCGAGUCGUCGAGUAAAUCGUUGACACAAUUAAAAGACAUGAAUACGAAUCUCACGCAACGGAAUAAGCAACUAAUGGCACAAAUGUCGUUCAGUGAGAACGAGCGCCGGGAGUUUGAAAAACAAUUGAGUUUCUCAUCGACGGCUAUCACUGAUCGGGAGAACAAC